GUGGGGAUCCGCGCUGCCUCUGCUGCUCCUCGGAUGGUGACGGGCCCCCGCCGCGGCCGCAGUCCCCCCGAGCCCCGGCUCCAUAGGCCUACAGCGCCGGAGCCCCGCAGGAAUCAUGCCCAGGUCCUUCUUGGUCAAGAAGGUCAAACUUGACACAUUCUCUUCGGCAGACCUGGAGAGCUCCUACGGGCGCGCCCGCAGCGACCUCGGUGUGCGACUGCACGAUAAAGGAUACCUCAGUGACUACGUGGGGCCCGCGUCUGUCUACGAAGGCGAUGCCGAGUCGGCGUUGCUCAAAGGUCCGUCCCCGGAGCCCAUGUACGCUGCAGCGGUGCGGGGAGAAUUGGGUCCCGCGGCCGCAGGCUCGGCGCCGCCGCCCACCCCGCGCCCGGAGCUGGCCACUGCUGCAGGCGGCUACAUCAACGGCGACGCGGCGGUCAGUGAGGGCUACGCGGCCGACACCUUCUUCAUCACCGACGGGCGUUCUCGCCGUAAGGCCGCCAAUGCCAAUGCUGCCGCCGCUCCCUCCGCGGUCUCAGCGGCGGCUCCAGACGGCGACUCUGGGGGCGGGGCGGGUGCGCGCAGCUCGAGUUCGGGGCCCGGGGGCCGGGGCGGCACGCGUGCCGGGGCAGGCACUGAGGCGCGAGCGGGGCCAGGGGCAGCAGGCACUGGUGGCCGGCACGCGUGCGGUGAGUGCGGCAAAACGUAUGCCACGUCGUCGAACCUGAGCCGCCACAAGCAGACGCACCGCAGCCUGGACAGCCAGCUGGCACGGCGUUGCCCGACGUGCGGCAAGGUGUACGUAUCCAUGCCGGCCAUGGCCAUGCACCUGCUCACGCACGACCUGCGACACAAGUGCGGAGUGUGCGGCAAAGCCUUCUCCCGACCCUGGCUGCUUCAGGGCCACAUGCGCUCGCACACCGGCGAGAAACCCUUCGGCUGCGCGCACUGCGGCAAGGCCUUUGCCGACCGCUCCAACCUGCGCGCACACAUGCAGACGCACUCCGCCUUCAAGCACUUCCAGUGCAAGCGCUGCAAGAAGAGCUUCGCGCUCAAGUCCUAUCUCAACAAGCACUACGAGUCGGCCUGCUUCAAGGGCAGCGCUGGCGGCGGCGGCCCCACGGCCCCUGCGCCCCCACAGCUCAAUCCAGUGCAGGCCUAGGGCGGCGGGGCCUCCGCCAGCCAGGUCGGCUCUCAGCAAUACGGGCCCCCAGGGAAGUUUCCGCUGGCGUCCAGGAGGAGAGGCCGGAGGGCGGGCCUCUCCUCACAGCAAUAGGGGAGGGGGCGUCCGGUCCCACCCCGCCCUGCCCGCCAGGGGCCUUGCCGGCCUCUUCAAGCAAUAGGGUCCCGAGGGGAGACCCACCCCAAGCCCCUUCCCCUCUCCUCCAGGGUGCCCCAGGCUUUCUCCCAGCAAUAGGGUCGAGGAGACCCAAACCGAACCUCAUCUCCGAGUUGGGUCUCUGAAGCCCGGGUGGGGUGAGGUAGGGAGCGUCUUCCUUCUCCCUCCUCUGCGCCCCUGGAUCGCGCCGCAGAGACUCAGGUCUUCCCCACCCCUUGCCAAGCCUUCAAGGGCCGGGCCUGCGGCCCAGACGUCCAGGGAGCCGGUCCCUCCCGGCAGCAGGCCGCGGGAGGAGCAGGAGAGGGGUGGGCCUUCCGAGGCCUUUCUGCCCCCCCGCAGUCUUCGCCGAACUCCCAAGGAGUGUUAGACACGUUGGGAUCGGGGAGGGGAGCGGACAGUAACACCCCUCUUCCUCGGGUUGCUCCUGGGGCCUCAGUCCGAGCUGCCCUCCGACCCUCGCCUCUCAUCCUCUGCCAAAUCUGAAUUCUUCCAGCCCAGCUUCCCGGGCGCUGUCCUCCAUGACGAAUAAUAACGACACAUAUCGAAUCGCAUGGACUUAACCGACCUCCUCAGACCCUUUUCCUGCCCUGCCUCGGGGCUCCCUCCCUCAUGCCCUGGGCAUUUGGUGGUGGAGGACGAUUCCCGGGGCCCACCAGGCGGGCCCGGGCACUGCCCUCUAUACACCUCUCUGUAUUCGUUUUGCGGGUAAAACCCCUGGGGGGUUGCGGACGCGUCGGGUUUCUUUCUGUAUUUGUACGUUUUAUUUAUGAACGGAUUGCACUCGGGUCAGGGAGGGGACGCUGAGUCCCCCAUCCUUCCCGCCGACGCGAGGGGCUUGGGACGUCCAGGAUUACUUCUCCCGCCCUGAGGCCUGGCCCUCGCUGGGGGCCUCCAGGGAGCCUCAGGCCCCGCCUCUCGGAGGCCGGCCCCUCCCCUGAGAUCCAGGCCCCGCCCCCACUCGGUUGCCAACUUUCGCCGGUCUAUGCCAAAGCCUCGGCGGCGACCCCGCCCCAAGGGCCCGCCCCAUUGGCCGCCGCCUUUGUGACGUCACUGCAUGCAGCCCCACCCCUCCUCCCUACCUGACCCGGGGCUGCCCGCUCCCUCUCCCUCUUAGGUAGUCCGAUGCCGACUAUAGAGCAAUAAUGCGCACUGCAUGCGAAGCUGCCGCCGCCUCUAGAGUUACUGAGAAUCAGGUAUCCCCUCGCCCUAUCCACCCCAUAGGCCCUAGAUCAGGGACGCUGCGUGGGGCCGGCCGCGCAGACAUUCUUCCUCCCCCUUUAUUCCUCGCUCCCCUCCCCCCACGGCAGAGCCCGGCGGGUGUAUUGGUUCUGGGGCAGGGGUGGGGUGGCUGGACCCACGACCCUCCCUUCAGUCAUCCAUCACUCUCCAACCGUUCAUUAGGCACCUACUAUGUGCCAGGUCCAUUGCUGAGUCCGCCAGGGAUGCGGUGACCUGCGGCGAGGUGCGUGUGCGCGACAGGGGGCAGCAGGCUUGGGUGGCCCGGGAAGGACACAGAUGUAUAGAGACCAAGUCCCUGUGCUCAGACGACUCCCUCCUCUCCACCUCAGCCUGGUCUUUGCGGGGCGCACUUGGGCUCUACCUUGACUUGGGCCUUUUGGGCCCAGCUGAGGGGGACAGAGCUAGGACCCCAGGGCCCAGUGCCAGCCACCAGAGCUGCCCAUACAGGAGUCCAAUCUUGUGAUCCUGUGGCAAACACCGCUCUGUCGUGUCUGGCCAGGGUCCUGACCCUGGCCAGAGAAAAAGGUGCAAGCUUGAAUAUGUGAUGUGUCCAGCCUUGUCCCCAGCACCCAACUUGGCUGCCCCCACAGGGGCCCAAUGCCCACGUCCAAAAUCCCAACACAACCAGGUGUGGUGCCCACACAGCUCCCAGGCUGGGCCCUGCCAACCUGCGCUGCACACACACACAAACAUAACACACAGGUGCCCCCCCCCACCCCCCGCCACUCCACACUCCCGUCUGCCUACCUAAGGAGAAGGCUGGAGGGCCAUGGGCUCACCAGGGUCUCCCACUUCCCCUCACAUCCCGCCGCCGUGGAAAGCCAUGGGCCCCCUCCUGCCCUCAUAACUAAGCAGCACAAUAACCGACUUAGCGAAUUCAGGUAGAAGGAACGUUUAGGUAGCACCUAUUUUGUACUGAUUCUACAAGUAGGGUCCGAGGUGUGGGGGCCCUCGGGUGGGGGCUGCGGCCGCCGGCUCGCCCCGCCCUCACCCCCGCCUGCGCCCCGCCGCCUUGUAUAUAUUUCCACCCGGAACUGGCCGGGAUUUUUACUCGGGCCGCGCCCCUGUUCCGCCCCCGUUUGGGGCCGGGCCGGCCGGACAGACGGACGGACGGACAGACCUCCUUCCUAAGCACAAUAGCACCAGCUCCCCGGAGCGCCGCACCUCCACGAGGAGAAUAAAUGCCACUCUUGAUAGAA